UAGAGAAAAUCCCUUUUAGUGCGUAUGUUCCAACACAUCCUCAUAGAUUAAAAAUUAUAAUGCUGUCGAGAAGAGGGUUCUCCACCAUGCCGGUGUCAGGGAAUGAAUCUGAUAUGUAAAGAGCAGGAGAGUUUGUCUUAUACUCUCACUGAAAUGGCUGAGGGGAGAGUUGGCAACACCAUGGAAUCUGAUAACAAGGACAGUACAUUCACCUGCAUCCUGUGUGGGAAGGAGUUGUCGGAAGGUGAAAUGAAGUUCCAUAUUAUGGUAGAACACAUUGAGGAAAAUGUCUGCUGCCCGUUUUGUGACCAGAACUGUCUCACUCCUGAGAAGCUGAACUGUCAUAUAAACGAUGAACAUAUGGAUUUGCUCAGUCCUGUAAAUCGGGACUCUGAUGAGUUUCCUGAGUCCAGUGACGCCAAUGGAGAAAUGGUCAUAGAUAGUUCAGACACAGAGUUUGAUAAUAAUGAAACUUCAAAGAUUAUCAUCAACUGUGUGAAUGACAGUGAGAGUUCAGAUCAAGGAAACCUUCAUGAAGAUGGAAGCAGAAGGAUUGUAAAACAAAAUGAAAAAAACAUAGAAUCCAGUCAGAUAAAUUCACAAGGUGAUGUCACAUCAAAAACUGAUGUUAAACGUUCAAAGCUUUACUUAGAUGUACCAAAGUCUUUCAAUGGUGCUCAACAGCGCCGAAACAAGUCUUCAGAUGGUUCUGAGGACAUCCAGGCUGCACCAGUUGUCUCCCUUGCCACACCUGAUCACACGUUUCACUGUCCAAUCUGCAGUUACAGCACUGGUUCGGAGGUGUUGAUACAGCAGCAUGUCAACAGUGAGCACCGAGAUAUCCUCAGCCCAAUGAAAGCACAGGACCAAUCUACAUCGGAAGACAAAUAUGAUAUGCUGUAUUCUUGUCCAAUCUGCGGAAUGAGUUUUGAUACUCCACGGACACUAGAACUGCAUAUCAACUCCAAACAUGUUGAUAUUUUGAGUCCAAAUAGUAACAAGCACAAGCCACCGACACCAGGUGCCCAGUCAGCAAGUUCAGGGGAGAAUGGUGACCUGUUGUACUGUCCGGUGUGUGACCAGGAGUUUGGGGACACCAUCACUCUGUCUGCACAUGUCGAUGGCCAUUUCUCAGCAGAGCAGACACCAGUGGCCGAGAUGUCUGAUGCCCUCCUUGCAGAAGAGCUACAACGAUGUGAGACAGCAUCAGUGAGUCGGGAGAAGAAAGAUUUCAAGAUGCUUCAGGCGAUGUAUGGAAUGGACGAGAAGGCCAGCUACAAGCAGCAGUACGAGAAGAGUCUGGAACGAGCAGUGUGGAAGGGGGAUCUCACCAUCUCUGAGUUCUACCAGCAGAAGACUCGGUUACAAGCCAGUGAUAUGAACGGAGUGGAUGACGGACAUUCCUGUACCAGAGGCAUAAUCCCUCACCUUCAGCAGUUCUAUAGGAAGUGCCCUGGCUUUGUCAAUCAGGCCUGGCUCUGCUCUUCUGUCGACCAUUACAGUGGUUCCUAUGGUGACAAGGGCUGGGGCUGUGGCUACCGUAACCUACAGAUGCUUUUAUCUUCCCUUUCAUCAGACCCAAACUUUUGUAAAGUUCUCUUCAAUGGUCGCCCACUUAUCCCGUCCAUCCCCAAGAUCCAGCGUCUGAUCGAGGCAGCCUGGGAGAAGGGUUUCGACAAGCAGGGCUGCGAGCAGCUCGGGGGGCGUGUUGCCAACACCAGAAAGUGGAUAGGUGCCACAGAGAUUGUGGCCACUCUGUCUUCCCUCAAGAUGAAAUGUCAGUUGAUCGACUUCCAUUCACCAUCUGGCCCUGAUGGGACACACCCAAAGCUGUUUCAGUGGGUGAAGGAAUACUUCAGCCGUCCUGGCGCCUUCAAGCCCCCUCUCUAUCUCCAGCACCAAGGUCACAGUCGGACAAUUGUAGGCUAUGAGGAAAUGCGGGACAAAACUGGGCGUCUACUUAUAUUUGAUCCCAGCACUCCUAAGAAACAGAUGAUUCAGUUCACUGGCUUCAUCAAUGGCAACAUGAUGAGAACUCUUCGUCGCAACAUCAACGGACUCCGAGCCAAGCAGUACCAGCUAGUUGCAGUAGUAGCUGUGUUGUCUGACAAGGAGUAUGAGGAGAGUAAAGUAAUGAAGUCGGAGCGAAUUAGUUGAGAGUUAUCUCCCUUAGAGGCGCUUCACAAGUAUAUUAUUUAGCAGAAAUCAACUGCUGCCUCCUGUCUAUGCACAAGAUGUCCGAGUGUGUGAGAAUAUCCAUCUGUCAUCAUCCACAUUCAUCAUAGAGGAACUUUCAGUAGUCAAACAGCCGGGCAUGACAGUAGUAUAUUACAGAUGUCUCUCAAAGUAUACAUAUCUGGUACUGAAACAAAUGAGGCUGCCAGGCAGAAUCAGCCUGACAAAGACAUUUUCAGGGAAACUAGAAGUUUAAAGGGGCAUCAGAAAAGUUGAAUUUAUUAUUAAAGCAACAGUUCAUUUAUUUAACUCCAAGUUGUAAAAUACUAGAAGUUAAAGAACACCUGAUUGUUUUGUAUUAGUGAGUUAAUCUGUCAUACCUGGACAUUUUAACUAUAGAAAUAGGAAACAAUGAAAGACAUGGGUGUUGUUUAACUUCUCUUACAUGGCAUAUAUUGUUCCAGUUGUAAUCGGGGCAGUGGGGUAGCCUAGUGGUUAAAGCGUUCGCUCGUCACGCCGAAGACCCGGGUUCGAUUCCCCACAUGGGUACAAUGUGUGAAGCCCAUUUCUGGUGUCCCCCGCCGUGAUAUAGCUGGAAUAUUGCCAAAAGCGGCGUAAAACUGAACUCACUCACUCCAGUUGUAAUUGAUUACGCAAAUAGGACAAUGUGUAAGUACAGACUAAAAACUGGCUUGAAACCUAGGAGUCCCUCGCUAACAGAAAAUAUAUCUUAGGUCAGGGGGCGGUGGGGUAGCCUAUUGGUUAAAGCGUUCGCUCGUCACAAUGAAGAUCUGGGUUCUAUUCCCUGCGAUGAUAUUGCUGUAAUAUUGCUAAAAGGGGCAUAAAACUAAACUCACUUACUCACUCUUAGGUCAGUGUUCAUGUCUGGUAGAUGAACCUGCUCUGUGGUAUCAGCCUGCUCUGUGGUAUCAGCCUCCAUUCUGUUCUAAAUUGAAACAAACUUGUGUUAGAUUUAGCACAUUAAAAAUAGCAUUCUGAAAUGAUAAUUUAUAAACUUCCCAUUUACCUUUUUCAAUGAUGUUGUGAAAGGGACCAGUUCAAAAGUUUGAUGUGGUAUGUAAAUCUUUAUUCCCCAUUUAUAGUUGUGAAAGAUGUGGGAUGUAAAUCUUUAUUCCCCAUUUAUAGUGGUGAAAUAUGUGGGAUGUAAAUCUUUAUUCCCCAUUUAUAGUUGUGAAAGAUGUGGGAUGUAAAUCUUUAUUCUUCAUUUAUAGUGGUGAAAUAUGUGGGAUGUAAAUCUUUAUUCCCCAUUUAUAGUGGUGAAAUAUGUGGGAUGUAAAUCUUUAUUCCCCAUUUAUAGUGGUGAAAGAUGUGGGAUGUAAAUCUUUAUUCUUCAUUUAUAGUGGUGAAAUAUGUGGGAUGUAAAUCUUUAUUCCCCAUUUAUAGUGGUGAAAGACUAUGGCCUGCAAUGCAAGCUUUGGAAUAAAAUCUACCUGAUUUCUUAAUGUUUUACAUGGUAACUAAACUAAGCAAAGACACCAAUCAUUUUUCACCACAAGCUCGUAAACUCUGUCAGGUUGAACUGAGACAAAUAUACUUAAGCACCUCUGGUAUUGUAAACUGUAAACCAAAAGUCACAGUGUCCUGUAAUAUGAUUGGUUGAAAAACAUGAUCGAAUGGUAUUUGAUUCCCGGAAAAUGCAAGACCAUUCAAUGCGUAUUGAUACGUACAAACAUCGCACACACCAUUGUAUUGUUACGUUGUCAGCAGUGGUGACGUCAUUCAAAUCACAUUGUGACGUAAAGUCCGAAUGACGUCACAAAUGAGCAGUUCCAGAUGCUACCA